ACUAGAACAAAAACGAGGAAGGUGUCGUCCAUCUUACACAGCAAGAAGCAAGGUCACGUUUGAUUGUUUGCGCGGUAUCCUUGACCGUACUGUAGCAGAUCACACCAAUAUCUACCACUAAUGCGUGAUGUCCUCCCCAUCACAGGCAGGAGGUGGCAUCUACGCCCAUAACUGUAGUCAAACAAGGGAUCCGCCACUUGUUAAGGAAGAGGUCCUUGAUACCUCUGAUGAUUUUCUCAUCUACUCUGGGGUCGCAUUUGGCGGAUGCAUACUCCUGGUCCUGGUUUUCGUUCUGCUACGUCGAUGCUGCUCGAGACGCCAUCUUAUUCAAGACUCGAGCUAUCCUGGAAGAAGCCACCAUCAUCGAAGAAGCCGUCGAGACAAAAGCCUGGAUUCUUCCUAUGAUACAAUAGCUUUAGAGCUGAAAGAGAUGGCAACUUUGCCACAUGCCACGACAGAACCAGUGGGCGUUUUCAGGAAUCCAGUGUAUGUGUCCAUGGAGACGCAACUCAAAUCCAUGGAAUUUCCACGUACCAGACUCUGUUUCACUGCAGAGAAAGGCAAAGGUACGUUCGGAAAAAUAUACAAAGGUGAAGCAUCUUCGAUCAAGCAAGAUGAAUUGACCACAACUGUUUACGUCAAAACUCUUGGCAACUCCCAUGAUGACAGGAUAAUAAAGGACUUUGAAAGUGAGAUGAUGAUGGCUGCUCAAUUUCAUCAUCCCAAUAUAAUUCAACUUCUCGGUGUAUCAACUGUUGAAGAACCUCAGUGUCUAAUCUAUGAAUGCAUGGAAUAUGGGUCACUGAAAGAGUUUCUUCAGCAUGUCAGCCAGGGUUUUCAAGUGAAGGAUGCCGAUGCAUCCAGUGUAGAGCUCGAUCAGCGAAAACACAUGGUCAAUGAUCAAGAUUUGGCUAGAAUGGCUGCACAGGUUGCUUUGGCCCUUGACUACUUGGCUAAACACAACUUUGUCCAUUCAGAUGUAGCAGCGCGAAAUUGUCAGGUAGGCAGUUGCCUGAAAGUCAAACUAAGUGAAUUUGGUCUCAACAAAGACAUCAACAGCCAAGACUACUAUCACGUUGGAACCAAACUUGAUAUCCUCUUGCCAGUGCGUUGGAUGUCACCAGAAGCAAUAAAACAACGAAUUUUCACAGUUCAGAAUGACAUCUGGUCAUUCGGCGUUCUCAUGUGGGAAAUGUUCACGUUUGGCAGACGACCCUACGGAGGCAAGACAAACAGUGAAGCAAUCAGUGCCAUCUUAAAACAGCAACAUCUACCCUACCCCGAUGAUUGCCCCAUAGAAAUGUACAAAUUGAUGUUGGAAUGCUGGAACAUCAAUCAGUACAAACGACCUCGAUAUACCGACCUGUAUCAGAGCCUGGAGAGCUGGGUGAGAGCUCUGAGAGAUGCCGACGAUGUGAGCCUCAGCAGCAUGUCAAGCGUUGCUCUUUAGUCAAGCUCCCUAGAGACACACACAACAUUAUGUCAUCACGUCCAGCAGUCAAGUUAUUACAAGUCAUCGUACCUUUGUCUGUCUGUAAUGACGAUAAAACAUAUUUUCACCAUUUGCAAUGUCGUGUUCGUAAAAUUUAAUACAAAUACAAGCUGCAACUCUAUUAGAUAUAAAUAGCUAGAGCUCCAUACACACCACCUUAAAUGAAUAACUGUUGCUCAAACAGUAAGUUCGCAAAAAUGUACAAACUAAACUUUUUGAAAUCAAUACAAAGGUCUAGCACC